AUGAUUUGGUAUCGGGUAAUAAAGCUGCAGGGUCUGAAAGGCGUGCAUUCUGCCUAUGCCUUCUCAACCUCACGUGCUGCUCUCGCAUCAACCGCAGAAACCGUUAAAAUGUGGAUUGAUGGAAAACGCGUUGAAUCAAAACCAUCGCAUUGGACUGAGCUCACCAAUUCGGCAACCGGUGAGGUCAUUGGAAGAGUGCCACAAUGUACGCAGGAGGAAAUGCAGAGAGCUGUCGAUUCAGCCAAGAAAGCAUUCAAAACGUGGGGAAAGAGCUCACCAAUCAUGCGUACUCAGUGCAUGUACAAUUUGAGGAAUUUGAUCAAAAGAGAUAUUGACAAGCUGGCUGAAUGUAUAACAACUGAACAUGGGAAAACAUUGGCUGAAUCAAAAGGUGAAAUAAACCGAGGACUACAGGUUAUUACUGUGGAGUUUACAAUGUCAUGA